AUGUCAGAGACAUGCUCGAUUGGUGAAAGGUCUGGUGAACUUGCCGGCCAAGGAAGAAAAUCAAACGCACGGAGACAGUCCAGAGUUCCGCCUAAAGUUGUUGUCAUCUAUGAUCAGGAACGUCGAAAAAUAGAAGGAGUCAUAGGUCCUUAUAGGUUGGGAUCAAUGCUUCAGCUGACAUGUGAAAGUAUUGGAGGUGAGCCUGAUCCAUUACUGACUUGGACUGGAACACGCCUAACCGUCAAAGAAUCUUCAUAUCCUAAUAUAUUCGUUAACGGAUCAACUCUUACCAUUUCCUCGUUAGCAAGAGAAGACCAGUGGUCCCAUUAUACAUGCACCGCAUGGAACAGCAAUUUGAGUAUGCCUUUGCAUGCAACAGUUACCAUUGAACUUAUUC